UUGAGCUGAAAAAAAACAUUCUUUUGAUAAAAGCUCGAACUUUCUAGCAAAUCUUGAUUUGGGUUUACGUAAACUCAUCGAUUAAAGCUUGUUGGAAUCUACUUUUUUUAGUGAAAAAUCCAUUGAUUGGAGUGGAGGAAUUUGAAUGAAUGCAGAUUGAUGGAUUGAGUUUGAUUGCAAUUUGCAUAGAGACAUAUAGAUAGGAUUGGAAUUUGGAAUGGAAUUACUCUGUUUUAAGUCUUUGAAAUUGCUUGGAUUGCAUAUGAAUUCUCUGCCUUACAAAUGUGCUGCAUUUCUUGUUGUUGCUUUGAUGAUUAAAACAAUAUGGCUUCCUUCAUCCUCGAACUUUCGUGGAAUGCGAUUGAAUCCGAAUUUCGACAAUGAGAAAUCGAAGUUUUUGGAGGUUCCUCAGAUAGUGUGGGGUUUGAACAAUCAGAAAAUUGCAUUUGCGAGAGCUUGUUUGACUGCAAGAAUGCUGAAUAGAACCCUCCUUAUGCCUAGUUUGAGUGCUUCCUUGUUCUACAAAGAGGUUGAUCAGCUGAGGCCUAUUUCCUUUGAUAAAGUCUUCCAAUUCGAAGAAUUCAAUGCUCGUUGUCAAGGGUUUGUCCGGUUAGGGCGAUACUCAGAGGUUUUGGACACGAGGGAUGUGUUUGAGCUUCAAAAGGGGAGUGGGAGGAGAUGGACGGUCGAGAAGGAUUUAGAGCAGUUGAGGGAGUUCGGGAAGGCUCCCUACGAUGAGUAUCAAGUGAUCCGAGUAGUUGGCAAGAAUCCCUUCUUGUGGCACGAUCAUUGGCCGGCUAAAGACUAUGCAAAGAUUUUUGAAUGCUUGGAUUUGGUGGAGGAAAUAUCUCGAGAGGCUGAUAAGGUUGUGUCGAAGAUUAGAGAAAUUGGUAAGGAGGAACGGAGUAGAGAUUCUCGUUUGCAAGUUAAUGUAAAUGCAACGUUGCAGAGCACGCCUUAUGUAGCUGUGCACAUGAGGAUCGAGAAGGAUUGGAUGAUACAUUGCAAGAAACUCGAGCAGAGAUUGAACGUUAGCGAGAUUUGCAGCAGCAAGGAGCAAAUCAUGAGAAGAGUAGGAAGCAUUGUUGGAUUAGAAACCCCUAUUGUUGUAUACCUUGCUGUUGCAGACAAUCUUCUCGAAGAUAACUCUAUACUCGAGGGGUGGGGCGAGGGCUUGCUUCCUUACGAGAAGAAGAAGUUGGGGGUCCUUGAUGUAUACAAGAAGCACCCUUAUCUGAUCCAAUCAGCUAUAGACUAUGAAGUUUGUUUGAGAUCUGAUGUGUUUGUCGGGAACACCUUCUCGACUUUCUCUAGCCUUGUCGUUCUUGAGAGAACUCAGUGGAUGAUGAGCGCCGGUGUUGCACAACGGUGUGGGUUAGAUGUUAGGUGGCCUUCUUAUGCCUAUAAUUUGGAGGAUGAAUCAAAUGGUCCGCGACCGUGGGCAGCUAAUAUGUCGGACGUGAGCCUCCAAGCCAUUAGUUAUGGCUCGAACCGUGUUUCGUGUUGGUGAUUCUUGAGGUACAUGAUUGUGGCCUUGUAUAUCUCAAAUUUUAGGCAAUCUUUUACUAUAUGAUUGUGGCCUUGUAUGUCUCAAGUGUUAGGCAAUCUUUAAAUUCGUUAUUCUUAUAGUCAUUUGGAAUGUGUUAGGUCUUCUAAAUGAUUAAAUGCAUAGAUCUUUAUUUCACUUGUUAUCACUAAGUUUGAAUAGCAAUUUGAUCUUAUAUGUUGAUUUUAUGCUUGUUGUAGUAAUAAAUAUUGAUUUUUUUAUC